UCAAUUGGACAUUUUUAAUAAGAAAGGAAGAUGUUCCUAACCAAAUACAGUUUGUUUUGUUUUCUCAGAUGUAUAAACUGAAGGUAGAAGCCUAAGUAUUAUUGUUUAUUAGUUUACUCCAAUUGGGGGAAGGGUUGUUGGGGAAUAUUUUACCCCAAAAAGAUAUGGGGGAUUGGAAAUGAUGCAGACAGUUACAUUGUUGCUUCCAUCAAUCUUUCCUCAAUAUUAAGCUGAUCCACCCCUUUAAAAAAUAUAUAAAACAAUUAACCGCAGAGGGUAUCCACAUCCAAUGGACAGCAGUGGAGAAGGUGGAAAGUUAUAAGUUCCUAGGCAUACACAUCACAGACUAACUGAAAUGGUCCACUCACAAAGACUGUGUGGUGAAGAAUGCGCAACAGGCGCCUCUUUAACCUCAGGAGGCUGAAGAAAUUUGUCUUGUCACCCAAACAUUUACAGGUGCACAAUCGGGCUGUAUGUCAGCCUGGUACGGCAACUGCAUCGCCCUCAACCGCAAGGCUCUCCAGAGUGUGGUGCGGUCUGCACAACGCAUCACUGGGGGCAAACUACCUGCCCUCCAUGACACCUACAGCACCCGAUGUCACAGGAAGGCCAAAAAGAUAAUCAAGGACAUCGACCACCCGAGCCACUGCCUGUUCACACUGCUACCAUCCAGAAGGAUAUAUAUAUAUAUAUAUAUAUAUGGAAUCAUGUAGUAAUUUGUUAAACAAAUCAAAAUAUAUUUGAGAUUCUUCAAAGUAGCCACCCUGUACCUUGAUGACAGCUUUGCACACUCUUGGCAUUCUCUCAACCAUCUUCACCUGGAAUGCUUUUCCAACAGCAUUGAAGGAAUUCCCACAUGCUGAGCACUUGUUGGCUGCUUUUCGUUCACUCUGCGGUCCAAGUCAUCCCAAACCAUCUCAAUUGGUUUGACGCCGGGUGAUUCUGGAGGUCAUCUGAUGCAGCAGUCCAUCACUCUCCUUCUUGGUCAAGUAGCCCUUACAUAGCCUGGAGGUGUGUUGAUCAUUGUCCUGUUGAAAAGCGCAAACCAGAUGGGAUGGCGUAUUGCUGCAGAAUGCUAUGGUAGCCAUGCUGGUUGUGUGCCUUGAAUUCUAAAUAAAUCACAAUGUCACCAGCAAAGCACCAUCACACCACCUCCUCCAUGCUUCACGGUUGGAAUCACACAUGUUGAGACCAUCCAUUCACCUACUCUGUGUCUCACAAAGACACAGUGGUUGGAACCAAAAAUCUCACAUUUGUCCAUUACUCGUGUUUCUUGGCCCAAGCAAGUCUCUUCUUCUUAUUGGUGUCCUUUAGUAGUGGUUUCUUUGCAGUAAUUUGACCAUGAACGUCUGAUUCAAGCAGUCUCCUCUGAACAGCUGAUGUUGAUGUGUCUGUUACUUGAACUCUGUGAAGCAUUUAUUUGGGCUGCAAUUUCUGAAGCUGUUAACUCUACUGAACUUAUUCUCUGCAGCAGAGGUAACUCUGGGUCUUCCUUUCCAUGAGAGCCAUGUUCAUCAUAGCGCUUGAUUUUCUAAAAGUAAUAAUGGACUAUUGUUUCUCUUUGCUUAUUUGAGCUUUUCUUGCCAUAAUAUGGACUUGGUCUUUUACCAAGUAAUCUUCUGUAUAUCACCCCUACCUUGUCACAACACAACUGAUUUGGCUCCAACUCCUUAAGAAGGAAAGAAAUUCCACAAAUGAACUUUAACAUCUACAUGAUCCGUGUGUCCCCCCUCUAACUGCACUGUCCAAUUUACAGUGAAAGAAUACCAUGCUACUGUUUGAGGAGAGUGCACAGUUAUGAACUUGUAUUAAUAAAUCAAUUAGGCACAUUUGGGCAGUCUUGAUACAACAUUAUGAAGAGAUGUGCAAUGGUUGAUUGGAUCAGUCUAAAACUUUGCACACACUGCUGCCAUCUUGUGGCCAAAACCUAAAUUGCGCCUGGGCUGGCAUAAUACCAAUAAUAAUAAUAUCCUUUCUCUUGCAUUUCAAAGAUGGUACAAAAAAAUAUUUCUCCUACAUUUGAUUGCACAUUUCCACAAACUUCAGUAUUUCCCUUUUCAAAUGGUAUCAAGAAUAUGCAAAUCAUUGUGUUAGGUCCUGAGAUGCAGGCAGUAAGAUUUGGGUAUGUCAUUUUAGGCGAACAUUUGAAAAAAGGGUCGGCUCCAUUUAAACAAGGCACACCUGUUAAUUUAAAUGCAUUCCAGGUGACUACCUCGUGAAACUGGUUGAGAUAAUGCCAAGAGUGCGAAAAGAUGUCAUUAAGACAAAAAGUGGCUACUUUUUUUAUUUAUUUUUUAUUUCACCUUUAUUUAACCAGGUAGGCUAGUUGAGAACAAGUUCUCAUUUACAACUGCAACCUGGCCAAGAUAAAGCAAAGCAGUGUGACACAGACAACAACUAUAUACAAUAGUCUAUAUACAAUGUGUGCAAAAGGCAUGAGGAGGUAGGCGAAUAAUUACAAUUUUGCAGAUUAACACUGGGGUGAUAAAUGAUCAGAUGGUCAUGUACAGGUAGAGAUACUGGUGUGCAAAAGAGCAGAAAAGUAAAUAAAUAAAAACAGUAUGGGGAUGAGGUAGGUAAAUUGGGUGGGCUAUUUACCAAUGGACUGUACAGCUGCAGCGAUCGGUUAGCUGCUCAGAUAGCAGAUGUUUGAAGUUGGUGAGGGAGAUAAAAGUCUCCAACUUCAAUGAUUUUUACAAUUCAUUCCAGUCACAGGCAGCAGAGAACUGGAAGGAAAGGCGGCCAAAUGAGGUGUUGGCUUUAGAAGAAUCUCAAAUAUAAAAUAUAUUUGGAUGUCUUUAACUUGUUGUUGUUGCUUACUACAUGAUUCCUUAUGUUUUGUUUCAUAUUUUGGACGUCUUCGCUAUUAAUUUAAAUAAAGAAAUCUACUCAUUCCAGGGGAUGUGUCCAAACGUUUGACUGGUAGUGUGUGUGUGUUUUGUAUGUAUCCACACACUGAGUAUAACAAACACCAGGAACACCUUCCUAAUAUUGAGUUGCACCCCCUUUUGCCCUCAGAACAGCCUCAAUUGCCGGGGAAUGGAUUCUACAAGGUGUCAAACAUUCCACAGAUCCUGGUCUAUUAUCGGACCACCACAGAGUCAACACAUGAUGAGCAACAGCAGUAAACGAGUCCAGUCAGGCUUCACUGUCGCCCCGGUGGUCCAGAGCAAGAUGCCCCGGCUGGAAGGGCCCAUCAUUGGUAGAGUGGCAUCUACAGAGGCAGGAGGGCUCUCUAAACCAGCCAGCCUGGCUCACUACCCCUCUGCCCCCCACCACACACCCCAGACCCAGCAGAACAACAGGGCCUACUUCACCUAUGACCUUGGGGGUCACGACCUCUCUGACCCUGACCUCCGACCUUCCGGGAGCCCCUCUGAGGGGUUGCUGCUGAACAGGAGGAAUGUGGGGGUUUCCCCUCAGAGCACGGAGGAGGGGUCGUUACGAAACCAGGUAGAUUACAGCAGGACAGAGACAUUUUCUACUGAGAGUCGUAGUGUUAGUGGUAGUAACUCUGUCUCAGCUACUGCUCAGGACACUCCAGCUAAGCAGGGUUUUACCUACUACACCAGGAGCCCAGGUGGGCUGAGGAGUCCCACCAGCGGGCCUGGGACCAUCGCUAUGCCCAUUGCUGUGAGGAAGCAGCCCCCUGUUGGAGGAGUUAGCCUCUCCCCUCAGUCUGACAACUCUGUCUGUCUGAGUCUGGCUGUUCCCAAACCGCUCUACGGACAUCCCUCCCCCUGCUGUUCUGAGCUGGGCUGUACUGUAGGACAGAGGCACAGUCUGGAGCAGAGGGGGGGAGUACACAGGAUCCAUCCCCAUCUUAAUGUGUAUGAGGGGUGGAUGUAUAGUCCUAGCUCCCACCACCACCCCAGGGCUCUGCAGCCGGAGCACGGUGUUGAGACAGAGAGACUAUCAGACAGAUUGCCUCUAAAAGAUGGCAAGGACCACCAACACCACCCCAAUGGAAUCCCCAACAGAGCAGCAUCGGCACAAAGGUUUCCUGUCUUCAUGGAACCAACCUACAGCAUUGGUUACCCAUGUUCCCCGGCCCGUGCCGUACUAAGCCCCUCCUCAUUUACAUGUGACCCCCUCUCUUCACAGUUAAGCGCCUCCCCCUAUGGGGCUGAUCAAUGCCAACGUCUACAAAUCCCCUCUAAACGUCCAACCUAUCACAGCUUGGUCUCUUCCCACCCCUCCUGCUCUUCCUCUCACCCCUCCUGCUCUUCCUCUCACCCCUCCUGCUCUUCCUCUCACCCCUCCUGCUCUUCCUCUCACCGCUCCUGCUCUUCCUCUCACCCCUCCUCCCAUCCCUCUCACCCCUCCUCCCAUCCCUCCUGCCAUCCCUCUCAUCCCUCCUGCCAUCCCUCUCAUCCCUUCCACCCGACAACAUACAAACCCAUGACCCCUUUGCACCAUGGCGUUCCGGUAACAUCACAGGUUUAUCAGGGCCGCUCUCCUCCCAAUGUGGCCAAAUACAGCCAGCUCCCAAUCACACAGCCCAUGUUUUACUACCAUCCUCAGGCAAAUGUGGAGGGAGAGAGUGAGAGUUGUGGAGCAGGGUUUAAAGAUGCAGGAGGAGGAAUGCACAGAGACUGGGAGGACGUUAUGGUCCCUAAAGGUUCUAAACGAGCCCUACCUCCCAGUCCCACCCAGACAGGACCCCACCUAGCUUCUCAUCUUCCCAGCAAAGCAACCCCCUCCCACUACCUUGUCACCCAGUCUAUGUACAGUACUGAUGUCCCCAUGUCUAGCCACAUGGCUCCUAGUAGCCACCCAUACCUCAGGAGUUUUGACCAGCCCUCCUAUCAUCAAUUGUACAGGAUGCCCCUGAAUGCAGCAGGUCAGAUGAGAACCCCUGCUAUAGCCCCAGAGAGACCCUGUGCCUCUCCAUCUCCCCCCAGCAGCCUACAGCGGACUGAGAGACCCCUGGACUACUCCCUGACUCAGUACAGAUCUCCAGUCACCUCUCCUCAGGUCUCCUCCCCCAGGAGAUACCACCUAUCUCGGGGACACUCUGACUCCACACUCCCUGGAGCCCCACUGACUGUCUCCACCACACUGUCACAGGCUGACUAUGGCCAUCACAACCACCCAGCCAACCACCACCACCACAGAAACAACCAUGCUACUACAGCCAUGUGUACAACUGCUGUAAACUAUGGCAACCACAACCACCACACAACUACAGCCAACCAGAACAACCACCAACACACAACUACACGUAACCAUCACAACGCCACGUGUCGGGGAAUGACUGGUUCUACUGUAGUGAGGCUUCGAGACAGUCCUGUCCCUCAGUCUAAUGUGCAUGGAGACAUGAUCACUACUGGUACAGAAACGCUGAAGAGAUGUGUCUCAGUCUCAGACCGACCCAUCAACAUAGACUCUCCCUCACCAAAACACACACAGGACAAUGGGGAUGACGUCAUUGAUGUGGAACUGUAUCAGAAACGACAGAAGAUGAAGACGAACGGAGAGGGAGAGAGAGCAGAGGGAUAUAGAGCAGAGGGAGGGAGAGCAGAGGUGAACGGAGAGGGAGGCGGACUCGAUAGCUGUCAGUCUCCCUCUCCUCCCAUGCCAGUCAUCAACAAUGUUUUCAGCCUGGCUCCAUACAAGGCUUACCUAGAGGCUGCUGGCAUGCUGUCUCUACCUGUUAGAGGAUCUCAGAAAACUGACAGCCAUCCUUCUGGACACUGUGUGCUCAAACCUGAGACCCAAUCAGACCCUCACAGACGUCAUCAACACAGACAGGAAACAGGCCCUACAUCUGACCCACACAGGCCUGAGAGAGACCCUGAACGAGAGGAAGGGAAGCCUGUAUCAAUCAAUCACAGGAUUGGUAACCAUGUAGUCCGACCAGCCUCAGAACAGCAGAGGCCUGUAGUCCAGCAGAGGAUUCUGGGUACUGUAGUCAGAUCAGACACUACACAGAAGAAGCCUGUAGUGCCUGUUUUUAGUGAACCACCGCAGGAACCAGAGAGGGAGGUGGAAGUGAAGACUGACGAUUUGCAGAUUAAAGUCGUUAAGGAAGAGGAGGAGGAACCACAGCAAGAACCAGAGAGGGAGGUGGAAGUGAAGACUGAUGACGACAUGCAGACUAAAGUGGUUAUUAAGGAAGAGGAAGAGAUGGAGGUGGCAGCAGCAACAACAGAGCCGGGUGUGUUUGUACAUGAUCUCACCGUGGGUGUUAUUAAGAAAUGUGAAUCUGAUCAACUGGACAGUAAAUUGUCAAUAGCGUCAGAUAAAUAUAUUUCUAUUAUGUCAGCUACAGAUAGAUGUGUGAUGGAAGGAUCUUUUACUUACAACGAGCACCACCAUCAGCCCCUGUCCAACCACCAUCCAUCCCAUCCCCUGUCCAACCACCAUCCAUCCCAUCCCCUGUCCGACCACCAUCCAUCCCAUCCCCUGUCCAACCACCAUCCAUCCCAUCCCCAGUCCAACCACCAUCCAUCCCAUCCCCUGUCCAACCACCAUCCAUUCCAGCCCCUGUCCAACCACCAUCCAUUCCAGCCCCUGUCCAACCACCAUCCAUUCCAGCCCCUGUCCAACCACCAUCCAUCCCAGCCCCUGUCCAACCACCAUCCAUCCCAUCCCCUGUCCAACCACCAUCCAUCCCAUCCCCAGUCCGACCACCAUCCAUCCCAGCCCCAGUCCGAGCACCAUCCAUCCCAGCCCCAGUCCGAGCACCAUCCAUCCCAGCCCCAGUCCGAGCACCAUCCAUCCCAGCCCCAGUCCGAGCACCAUCCAUCCCAGCCACAGUCCAACCACCAUCCAUCCCAGCCCCUGUCCAACCACUAUCCACCCAAUCCGCCGCAGCCCCACCUACGUCCCAAAUCAACAACUCCACCCCAACCCCUCUCAAUAAGGCAUAGGAUAGUUGGCGCGUUCACCCAUAACAUGCACCACCCUCCCCAGGCCCAUCAGAAGCCCUAUGACCAGACUGCUACACCACACCCCAAAUCAUCCAGCCCUCCCCAAUCCGCCAACCCAGCCACCACCAAACUGAACCUUCAAAACAUCCCUCCUCAAUGUCUCAAACUAUCCACUUAUAAGAUCGUCCUGCCAGAUAACAUGCUCCGGGCUGUUGCUCCCCCUCCCUGCUCUACAGAGGUCCCACAGUCACCCACUGACGCUACAGCUGUAGCCAAAUCCAGCCGCAGCCCUCAUGCCCUUUCAGACAGCAACUACAGCUCCCGACCAGCCAGACAGCACUUCCUAGAGCUGCACCUCUUACUUUGUAACCUGGUUUCCAGCUGUGUGUCCCACACCCCACCCACAGAGCUCCAAACCUGGCUGUCCCAGCUGGACAUCUCCCUUACCUCCACCGCCAUUUCCCCACCCAAGGCCCAGAAGGUGACCUCUCUGCUGGGUUCUGAGGCCAGGGAGGUGUGGCUGAGGGGACCAGAGACCCAGGCUGCCCUCCAGAAUGUGCUCCAGAGACUGGGGCAGUAUGUAGCCCAGAAGCAGUGUCCCUUCCCCCAUGUGAUGAGGGCAGGUGCGGUGUUUGUUCCCAUGCUGGUGGUCAAGGAGCUGCUCUUCCCUCAGGUCCAGGGGGUCUACAUCGACCAGGUUCUCCAGGAGCACAAGGUGGAGUUGAGACCUACCACUCUGUCUGAGGAGAGACACCUGGUGACGCUGCAGAAACGACCAUGGUCCUCCAAGCUCCGCAGGCUCCUGUCACUCAAACACCUGCCUAACAUCUACCCUGACGUUCUCAACCUCUACUAUCACAGCUGUGUCUGCAAGAGCCUGGGUGUAGAGCCAUGUGACACGGCCAGGACACCAGAAGGAACGCUGUGUUCAGAGUAUCGUUUGAAUAGCUCACUGGCCACUAACACUGGACCAUGUUCACAACCCAACAACCGCUGUGACAUUGGAACACAGACCACCACCUCACCACAACACCUGGAGGAAUGUAUCAGUCUGUCUCCGUCUCAGACCCCGAGCUGCAGAGCCACAGCUAGCCUCUCCUCUCAGAGACCGAGCUGCAGAGCCACAGCUAGCCUCUCCUCUCAGAGACCGAGCUGCAGAGCCACAGCUAGCCUCUCCUCUCAGAGACCGAGCUGCAGAGCCACAGCUAGCCUCCCUUACAGAGACCGAGAGAGGACCCGAAGAGAGGAUCAUCAUCAUCCUCACACUUUAAGAUGCACAAGAGGAAAGAGGGGAAAGGCAAGAAGAAGAAGAAGAGCUUCCCCAAACCUCUGUUUGUAGGGACGAGGGAUCGCACGGUGUUGGAGGGUGGUGGGAGCACAGAGCAAGCUGGAGACUGGAACAUUCUAAAGAACACUGUUAAUCAGGAGGAGGAGGAAAGGAACGGCCGGCCGGUGUGGAGCAGUGAUGCAGGCAGUGACUCUGACAGGAGGGAUGGAGAGAGUGAUGGAGAGAGGGAUGGAGAGAAAAGGGG